AUGGUGAGCCUCUCCAACGGCGUGCUGGCCGCCGUGAGCAUCGUUGCCCUGGUGGCGUCCAUCCCGCUCAUCGGCGUCGGCACGUACCUCCACGACCGCGGCGGCGGCGACGGGUCCCCCACCAGCGAGUGCCAGCGCCUGCUGCGGCUGCCGGCCCUGGCGCUGGGCCUCGGCAUCCUCCUGUUGUCCCUCAUGGCGAUCGCGGGCGCGUGCUGCCGUGGCGCGGCCCCGCUCCUGUGGCUCUACGUCGUGGCCAUGUUCCUGCUCGUCAUCGGCAUGUUCUUCGUCACCGUCUUCGCCUACGCCGUCACCAACAAGGCCGCCGCCUCCGGGGGCGGCUACGGGGACUACCGGAUCGGGGACUACUCCGACUGGCUCAGGGACAGGGUCGGGGACUACGACACGUGGCGCCGGAUCGAGAGCUGCCUGGCCGACGCCGGAGUCUGCGGCGGCCCCGGCGGGGGGCAGUUCAGCGGACGGCUUGGCGGCGUCGCCGCCGGGAUCGACGCCUCCGAGUUCUACCGCCUGCAUCUGCCGCUCCUCCAGUCCGGUUGCUGCAAGCCGCCGGCGUACUGCGGGUACCGGCCGGUGAACGCGACAUUCUACGAGCCCCCCGAGCCCGGGCACCUGGGGACGGCGGGCGUGGACUGCCAGGCGUGGAGCAACGACCAGCGGGUGCUGUGCUUCCGUUGCAACGCGUGCAAGGCCGGCGUGCUGGCCACCGCCAAGAGCAACUGGAGGGCCGUCGCCGCCGCCAACGUCGCCGUCCUCGCGCUCCUCGUCUUCGUCUACUCCCUCGGCUGCUGCGCCCUGCGCAACCACGACCGCCGCCGCCGUGGCUACGGCCGGUACUACUGA